UCCGGACCCCUACUUCCAAACCCAUCGUCAAUCAAAACCACUUAAUAGUAUUUCCCCUCAACAAAAUACAUCGUCCACCGGACCGGAGCUCCAGUCAAACUCCGCUCUGUUAUUCCGGACGCCGAUUUCGUAGAUCCUCAAAAUUUUAUCCCAACACUCGCAUUGGAACUGUCAAAAAAUGUCGAUUAAAGAAUUUCACAAAGUCAUGGAGGAGUUUGGCCCUAUGAUGGACUCGUGGUGGCCUUACAUCAUCGGUUUGAUAUUAGGAGUGAUAACUGCUUUAAGAAAUUACAUGGCGGGCCAGAAGUGCCCGAGUGAAGAACGAAUCGACGGUAAAACAGUAGUGAUAACUGGUGCAUCCAGCGGGAUUGGAAAAGAAAUCGCUAUUGAAUUAGCGAGACGAGGCGGCCACAUUAUCCUAGCGGUCAGAGAUGAAAACUUGGGUAGAGCGGUUGCUGAGAAAAUUCGAGUUAUUCCAAAUGCCAAUGUUGACGUGAGAAAAAUCGAUCUAUCAUCAUUGAAGAGUGUGCGAGAAUUCGCGGAGAAAUUGGAAGUCAAUGAGGUGGAUAUUCUCAUCAAUAACGCUGGAAUUGUCUUCCAUCCUUACAAAAAGACUGACGAGGGAUUCGAAUUGCAUUUCGUUACCAAUUACUUAGGACACUUCUUGCUGACUCAACUUCUCCUGCCGAAAUUAAAAGCGGCUAAACAAGGACGAAUCAUUAAUAUUUCUGCCCAGGCUCAUAUAGCGAGCAAAAUACAUCUUGAUGAUUUCAAUUUAGAGGAGAAAUUCAGUGCCGGUGAGGCUUUUGGACAGAGCAAAUUGGCAAUGAUCAUGAUGGCAAGGCAUAUGAGUCAAUUACUUAAAGGGACGAAUGUAACUGUAAAUGCUGUAAAUCCUGGAUUAGUCCGGGGAACACGACACAUGAGGAGUUCGCCAAUAAACCAGGCUCAUUUACUUAAAUUAAUUAUGCAGCCAUGGAUGUGGUUACUGAUGAAGAGUCCUGUCGAAGGAUCUCAAACGACUGUUUACGCUGCUGUUUCGAAUUCACUGAGUGAGAAAUCCGGGAAGUACCUGAGCGAUUGUGAGAUAACAAAUCCAUCAGCAGACGCCCUAGAAGACGACAUUGCUGAAAAGCUGUACAAGAAGUCAAUCGAACUGAUAAAACCAUUCAUAAAGGUGGAUUUUCCGGAACCGGAGUAAAUCGCCCAAAGGAAAAAAUUGAAAAAAAAAGAAAUUUGUAAAUUCAAUAUUUAUGUAUUUAAAAUUACAACACUCGAUAAAUUUCUCAACUUCAGUAAAUACAAUUUGUUCACUAGGUCGUAUUGAGCUUCGUCCAUUUUGCACUGGUCUGCCACAACCAAGCCGCCAUCUUUUCGUCCUUUGCGUUUUCAGAUUCUUCUGUUUGUUUGCAGUUA